AUGAGUGGUUCUCGAUUACCUGCGACCCCAAUAUCAGGACGUAAGAAGACACUACGUUCGCAAUCAAGGGUCCCCCAAUCCUUCCCCCCUAUUACUGAGCAAGAAUCCGGCUCAGAAGCGGAGGGUGAUCAAACUGAAUACGCGAUGGCAGAGGAAGAUAUGACAACCUCUGGCUCCGCACGCGAUACUGGCAAGAUGCCAGAACGCGAGGAAUCCGAGGAUGGCACGCCCAGUCCUAUGCCGAUACCUACGCCGAAUCCUAACGGCAUGGUGACCAUGGCAGCAGCAGAUCUCAUUGCACUCUGCGAGCGACUGAUAUCAGCACGCGCGCCGCCACCUCCUCCACCUCCUCCGAACCCUAUACCAGAAGAAGAUCCGAACAUGCUGGCUCGCGAAUACCAGAAGGAAGCGCAGGCCUCGUUGAACACAAAGUCCGUCACCACGUUCGAUGGCACCAACUACCAGACGUGGAAGAUGGCGUUCUUGUCAGAUGCAGAAGUGAUCGGUGGUGCAGAUAUUCUUAAUAAGAACCAACAGGAACCACCUGAAGGUUUAUCAUCGCUCGAUCAGCGAUAUUGGGUGAUACGUUCAAAACUUCUCUUCCGUCGCAUGUUGCAAUCCCUAGUAGGUUCUGUCCGUUUGACCAUGGGAUCCAUUCAACCCGACAACGCGGCGGCCCUAUGGAACAAGGUAAGCGCAGUAUACGCGAUAUCCCUAGGGGAAGAAAGGAUUAACAUCCUUAAAGAAUUUACCCACUUGCAUGUCAAGGACGGUGAUUACCUGGCGUACGUACGCCGAUAUCAAUACCUGUCUGCUCGCAUGCGACAACUAACGGAGGACCGUGGUGAGAACUACCUCCAUGAUUUCUUUAUUAUCGGCCUCCGAGAUUAUCAGAGGACCUAUGUUAAAUCACGCCUCGAUACGUUCUACGGGACGGGUCAGGGUCCGAUUGUCAACCUAGAUAUCAACGAUCUCACAAAACAAAUUGCUCACCGGAUGAGUAAAUCAGAGGGUACUGGACGCCCUAAAGCUCCAAAGGCCAACGCGGCCACCAAUGAUAAUGACAACACAACUUCCGCCGCAACCGCAAAGUGCGGAUACUGCAAGGUCCCAGGGCAUAUAAAGGCUAAUUGCUAUCAUCUGAACCCUGACAAAGCACCCGAGUGGUGGAGGAAAGAGAAUAAGGAUAAUAAGGGCACUGACAACACUGAAGGUGCCAAAAAGAAGGGAAAGGAUAAGAAGAAGGACAAGGAUGACGACAAACCUACUGGCACCAGAGCGCCAGAUCUCCUUGCAUCGCAACCUAAUGCCAACGCAGCAAUUGCUUUAUCUACGUCGUCCGCUACAACAUCCAAACCUUGGUAUCUCGACACCUGCGCAAGCUUCAAUAUGACGGGUGAAAGGCACUCGUUGGUGCGCGCAAAGUCGUUCGAAGGUGAUUUAGAAAUUACUACCGCGGACGGUGGCGUAGGACGGGUUGAGGAGAUAGGUGAUAUCCUUCUAGAAUCAGAAGGGGGGGAUAUCUCAGUGGGUUACGUCCACUGGAUCCCCAAUCUAACAGUCAACCUUCUAUCCUUUGCGAAGCUAGAAGAUCAAGGCUUCAGAUACCAACUAUCAGAUACCACCCCUUCCUAUUUUACAAUAAGGGCCCCGAACGGUGCCAACUUCACCGCUGUUCGCACGUCCAAAGAAUCGGUCUACAAGAUAAUAGAACGAGAAUCUCAAAUAGACGUCCAUCACCCGUCCCAGGCCGUCCAUUUUAUGGCCAAAUCUUACAAUUACGGGGACGCAAUGUCGACAAUCGCGGGGAAACCUAACGAUCAACCUAGCGAUCGCAACCCCCUGACAAGAACACUCAUGGAAUGGCACGUCACACUAGGGCAUAUCCACGCUGGCGCGAUCAUUGCACUAGCGAAGGACCCAUCAUCCGGCAUCCGCAUCAAAGGAUCUAAAACAGGCUUCUUCUGCGAUAGCUGCGUCAAAGCAGGCAUGACACGCAAGUUCUCGCAAACUCCCAUGCCACGAGCGUUGCGAGCAAUGCAACGUGUUCAUAUCGACCUUGCUGGCGGUGGUCGUACGCUGGAUGACAUGUCCGAUUACCCUAUCGAAUCUCGUCAAGGGACCAAAUAUUAUAUGCUCAUCACCGAUGACGCCACCCGCUACAGGUGGAUCUAUUUUUUACAUACCAAGGACCAAGCUGUCGAAAUUUACGCUCACUGGGUCCAAUUCAUGAAAAAUCUCGGCUUCACGCCACCGGCGCUAGUUAGGACUGAUAUCGAUGGUGUCUUUCGAUCUAACAAGAUGACAACAAUGAUGACCAAAGAUGGCACUAUCUGGGAACCUACUACGCCCCAAUCUCCCCACCAAGAUGGUGUUUCUGAGAGAGGAAUCCGCAUGAAUAUACCGAAGAAGUUCUGGGCAGACGUUCUCGAAACGGUGGUUGCAAUUACCAACAACACACCAACAUCUACCACCCUGUAUAAUGAGAAAUACUGGCCUACCAACAACGCCGACGAAGCACCUGCGCGAUGCCCCUAUACGGUCCCAUUCUCAGCACUAACCAACGCCCCGCCCCAACUUCGCCAUUUUAGGGAGCUAGGAUUCCGUGGUAACUCAAUCUACCGCCUCUGGAGUCCUACAACUGAUAAAAUAAUUGUCACCAGUGAUGUCGUUUUCCCUGCAAAGGAACCUACAACCUCGCAGGAUGACACUAACCACACGACACCCGAACCUGCAAGUCCAGCGACUUAUCUUGUUGAUGAUACUACCGUUCCUGAAUUAGCUGGACGUCCGAGGGGAUGGCCAGUGGCCCCCGGCCGCUGGGUUUAUGUCGAAAAAGAUCGCCCCCAGGAUCCCAACGCGGAUCCUGAUGGUAUAUUACGAAAAUCUCGAUGGGUAGUGUGCGGUAAUUGGUUAAAGAAAAGCGCACGCGAAGAAACAUACGCGCCCGUCGUUAAUGACGCUACUAAUCGCAUGAUGUUCGCGAUAGCAGCGAAGCGAGGUUGGACCUUGCGCCAGGUCGAUAUAGUGAUGGCCUACCUACACGGCCGACUUGUGCAAGAUUUCCGCCUAGAUGACGCCGUCCCUGUCCCUACACCAAUACUUGAAGGGUUGAAGAUAGACGAUACCCCUGUGUCAGAACGAGAAGGAGGGUUCACCAAAAAGCGAUACCAACACGGAGUAGGGUGCUUGCAGUAUCUGGCAGUCAAAUUACGCCCAGAUAUUGCGCGAGCAGCAUCCCUACUAGCGCAGAAGAAUACUGCGCCUACACCUAAGGCGUGGAGGGCUCUCCUCCGCGUCAUACAAUAUCUAAAAGGAACGAGCGACCUUGGCAUCUUAUACGAAGGCCCCAAGAACGAGAUCGAUGAAUUCCCCAACGCGUCAUAUCUGCCGAUAGGUUAUACAGAUUCGGAUUGGGCAGGACCGUUGAACGGCGAACGCAAAUCUACUUCAGGCUUCAUAUUCAAGUUAGCAGGUGCACCAAUUUCAUGGCGUUCGUCCAAACAACCUUGUGUUUCUUUAAGUUCAAAUGAGGCAGAAUACGUGGCACUUAGCGAAGCAGUACGCGAAGCAACGUGGUUGCGCAAUAUGAUGAUGGAACUAGGAUUCGUUACAGCAAAGGACCCCUUGCCUAUCAGGGCAGAUAACAAAGGUUCAAUCGACCUAGCUACCGUUGCCGCGAUCACGGCACGCAGCAAGCAUAUCGACACUCGCUUCCACUAUUCUCGCACGCAAUUGAACGAAGGCGUUAUUUCUAUUAAACACGUUCCCACUGAGGAUAUGGUAGCAGACGGAUUAACCAAACCUCUGGGCACAGUGGCAUUUAGGCGUUUCAUUGAUUUACUAGGACUUUUCGCUGGUAACAUCCUGCUAACUUCUGCACCAAUGAGAACACAGCAACUUGAAAAUACCUCCUCAUUUGGCCUCUUUGACCUCACGUCCGGCGCAUACUCUUCUGAGUUAUCAUCACCUCCUCCUUCAUCAGACAUCAAUGAUGGUUAUGAGACAGUGGAUGAUACUGAGGAAUCUUCUGGAUUAGACAAUGAGUCCAACAACAGUCCUUCCCAACGCCGAUACUAUGUUCAAAAACAAGGCCCUCGUCGCAACCGUGGCACUAUCAGCAGGUUGCAGGAUUUCACACAAUUUAUGGCUGGUCGAUCGAUAGAUGUUCGGAUUAUCUCAGUCUCACAAGGCUUGUUACCAAUUGCUCGGAAUCCACCAUUCAAUAGGAUAUCUUUCUCACAUGCACUGCUGGCUGUUGCUGUACAGCCAAACCAGACAAUAUCCUCACGAACCACAAGUCCAAUCCGUGCUUGGAAGUCAGGCUUCAUCAAGGCUCCCUUAAAGACCUUGGAGAGAGCCUGCUCUGGGCUGAGAAGAACAUGGUACGGACCUGUUCUGGAUGAGGACAGAGGGAUUCUCAAUAAUUGGAAGAUAUUAUCAGGAGCUCAUAGAAGCCUAUGGGAGGUCGCAGAGUCGGACAUUCUAGGCUUAAUUCUGAGCAUCCGAAUUAUUUUUGAAAAAUCAGUAUACAUUCUGGUGAAAAAACACGAAGUGACCAUCUUUGACACGGUUAUUAUGAUUGGUCCAGAAGAUCUCAGCACUUGGCAGAAGUCAAAAGGAGUUAGCUUAUAA